AAAAUUUUUCAGAUGACAAAAUAAAUCUACAUCUAAACUAAAGAUUUGAAAUAAAUGUUAAAGGGACUGUAAGCGGGAUUUCAAGUGAACCUCCGGGCAAGGAUGGCAAUGCCUGAUUAACAACGAUACCUUUAAAGGCUUUCUCCAGUCAAGCAUAAAAAAGAUUUCCAUGUUUUUGUUACGUUUCACUUUUCAUUUUCAUUUGCGGUUUUUCUAACUUGCAUAUUUCUUGCUUCUUAGAAGGAAUGGAGAAAUUAUCAGAAUUAAACACCUUUCGAGUAAGAAAAGCAAGAACAUCUUCCACAUUUUUUUACCAGAUUUAGGUUUCCAUGGAUACUGUUGUAAAUCGCCUUUUCAUGGACAGUCUCUUCAAAUUUCAUGUACGGUCCCUUUAACCGACCAUUCAAAGGUUAACAUUUGAUCAGCUGACGGAACAGUUAAAAAUAGCUUUCAUGUGGUUAAAUGAAUAUAGGAUCCCUUGAACAUGAAUGUGAGGUUUGUGAUUCUAUUGGUUUAUUUGGUGAAGCUAAGUUUGGGUCAAAGGAAGGUUGUGGGAGACAUCAAAGAACAGAGGAUAAGUUUAACUGCUGGAGUAGAUGAAAGGGAGGAGAGGGUGUUCAGACGACCUCCAACUUAUCUAAUAAUAGCGAGCAGGGUGGUUCGGCCUAACACCAUAUACCAGGUGAUUGUAAGUCUUCUAGAAGAGUCCCCUCCUGCCCGCGUUCACGCUGCUCUCACCAGGGACGAAGUUGAGGUGUUUGGAGAUCAUGUAAACCUACAACCUUUGGAAUCUAAACCAAUCCUUCUCCAGGUUCCCCCGGGUAACAAUAUAGACUCUGUUUACCGCCUACGGAUAGAAGGAUCAGUUUUAGGAGGAGGAGCAGUUGUAUUUGAGAAUGAAACUAUUCUAGAGUUCUCCAGACAAUUUCUUGCCAUAUCCAUUUACACUAACCAAGCAGUCUACAAUGGGGGGCAGGACGUCAGAAUAAGAGCUGUGAUGUUAGAUACUGGAAUUCAACCCUACACAGAUAUUGCUGAUCUUUUUAUUAUAGAUCCUGACGGAUUUGUGAUCAGAAAGUGGAAUUCUAAACAAAUAAACAAUGGGAUUCUGUCAGGAGUCUUCUGGUUACCUGAGUUCCCAAAGGUUGGAUUCUGGACAGUACGUGUUGAGACUCAGGGUCAGAGAGAGGAUCUUCGUAUUAAAGUUGAGAAAUAUUAUCUUCCCAAGUUUGAAGUAUAUGUGCGGAUGCCUCCGUUCAUCCUAGAAACAGAGAAUGUAAUCUCUGUUAAUGUUCUAGGUUUAUACCUGUUUGAAAAGCUUGUAAAAGGUGAUGUUCUGGUCAGAUGGUAUGCUAAGAUUAGUGAUGGAUUCUACCCUUUAUAUCAGGAUAGUGUUCAAUACCGUUCACAGUAUGCACAUCAUCAAAAUAGAUAUAAGAACAGAAACAUAUCUGAUGAACAAGUGUCUAAUCUGACCCUGUCCGAUCCUGAGAGGUAUGGGACGUUGGAUUCAUCUUUUAGUCCAAACAUUGAAGCUACUCCUGUUAAUAAGUGGACUUAUAUUAGUUCGGAACAAAGAUAUUUCCAUCAAAAAACCGAUACGAAUGAAGAUUUUUACUUGCAAAUUGCUGACAUCAAGAGGCAAAUGGGAAGUUUGACUAACAUUCAAAUAAGAGCAGAGGCAUUUAUCACAGAAUACUAUUACAACAGCACUCAAAGAGGAUUUUGUGAUUCAAAACUAAUUAAUCCAACCCUAACUUUAAAGUUUCUUGGCAGUGAACCAAUGGUAUUUAAACCUGGGAUGUUAUUUGAAGGAACAGUUUCAAUAACCUAUAGUGACUAUGUUCCACUUUCUAAAGAUGAUUUGAAAGAAUCUUCUCUUAAUAUAAAUAUAAGAGCUAAGAAGCAAGAUGGAACUGUUGAAAACUUGCCCUCAAUAUUUAUCCCCAAAAGUUUGACGAGUGAUUUUAGUGCUUUUCAAGACAUUGAUUGGUUGACCCAUUAUGGUCAACUAUUUGGCUCUAAGGCAGCAGAAGACACAGAAAAAAAUAUUAAUCCAGCGGCAUUCUUUACUGACGAUGUAGACAAGAACACAGAGUUUAUAUUUUAUGAAAUCUAUGCCAGAGAGAAAUCAUUUGAAGAGUUUCGAAACACUGGAGUUCAUAGAUUUAGAUUUAAGGUGCCAAAGCUAACAGAAGAGCUUUAUCUUAGUGCUACCUACAGUGAUUCAAUCAGCUCCAGGGAUACAUUUGCAGAGACUACAGUCUACGGGGCUUAUGGGCCAAAAGACAAAUUUAUUCAUGUGCGGUCCAGUACAAAGAACAUUUCUGUUGGACACUAUGUUGUUUUUCAUGUACAAAGUAAUUUUCCUUUGCCCAGCUUCGACUGGAUUAUUGUUUCUAAGAAUAUUCUUGUAGCAUCUGGUAGAGAGUAUGGAUCUGACAUACAUCCAGCAGUAACUACGUUUAGUAUAGUUGUAUCUUCAGAGAUGGCUCCUGGAUUCCAUAUUAUGGUUUAUUCAGUUUUUAAACCAGAUGAUUACCUACUUUCAGACUCCGCAUAUUACCCUGUAAAUACAUUCAAUAGACACAAGAUUGAAUUCAAACUUAAUCAGGUGAAGGAUCACUCAAAGAAUACUGUAGAAGCUAUAUUUAGGGGAGAUCCUGGUGCUGUGUUUAUAACCUCAGUAACAAGAACUUUCUUUUAUUCCUCCCAGGGAAAAAAUUCAAUCACUGAAACAUCAAUUUUGGAAAGUUUGCACACAUUUGAACAGUCUCAACAGCACAUUCAUAAAUUGUAUACAACAGACAGAGAUGCUUUAUACCUUGACAAGGUUACAUUUUACCCUUCUAUGGACUAUGGAGUGGAUGCCAAAAGAACAUUUGAGUCAAAGGACAUGUUGGUUUUCACAGACUAUGUAUUUAUAACCCAAACCCCAUUAACAAGACAAUGUAAUAUAAGUUUAGGUAUGUUUCCAUGCCUUCAUAAAGGCUGCUAUACUGAGGCUCAAAUCUGCAAUGGUCAAAAAGAUUGUGAAGAUGGAUUGGAUGAGAGCCAAUGCAAAGAAGAAUUUUUAGAACUUCAAAAUGACAACCUGGGUUUUAAGCUUUCGCGCUUUAAUAGGUUUACAGAUUAUUUUGAAAGUGGGGUUGACAUAUGGGGAUGGUUUGACAUAAAUAUGGAUGAAGACAGAGAACAGUUCAACACUAUUGAAGUGCCUUUAAUCACUGAUAGUUGGUUCUUUAGUGCAUUCAGUAUAAGUAAGACAAAUGGAAUUGGAAUAAUAGAUCCACUUGAAUAUGACACUAUUCGUCCAAUACAUUUUGUUUGUGAAGCUCCUUCCAAGGUUCAUAGAGGGGAGUCAGUGGGCAUCAGAUGCAUAGUAAUGAAUCGUUCACCUGAAGAUUUGGAAUGCUUGUUAACACUUAAGGGUUCUGAUGACUAUGAGUUUAUUCAUGUUGAAGAGUUUGGGUAUGUGACAAGCUAUUCCCCAAGAACAAGCAAAGGUGAUCAUCAACAUCUUGUAUAUGUUCGAGGAGAAAAUGAAGUGGAUGUUCAUUUUCCAAUCAAGCCUGUUCUUUCCAGUGAUCAAGGUUUUAUUUCAGUUGAUUUGAGUAUCUCAACUCAAAUAAUGUCCUUAAGUCAAAUUGUUUCUAUUGAGAUAAUACCUGAGGGCAGUAUAGUACACAGGCAUACGUCUGUACUUCUUGAUUUAAAGAGUCGAGCAUUUGAGCUUGAGUUCAUGAAUAUAAUAGUAGAUGAAUCACCUAUUAUACCUUAUGAAAUAUAUAGACGUUAUAUAUUUGGAAGUCCAUAUGGAAAGUUUUCAUUAAGCGGUGAUGUAAUCGGUCCAACAUUUAUUGAUGGGAACCCUAUCUCUCUUGAGUCUAUGUUUCCAGAUGGGAAUGGGAGGUUUGGGAAAGGAACAGAAUAUCAUACAUUCAACCUUGCUUCAAAUGCUUGGCAACUUCACUAUUUCAGGCUUACCAAUCAACUACAGUCAAAUUGGGAGUUGACAAAAAGUGUAUUUGAACAAAUGAAUGUUGAAUAUGCAGCAGUAAUGAGACGUUACAGCUCUCAGGGCUGGGUUUCAAACUGGGAUGCUGCCAAACCAUCAGUUUGGUUAACUGCAUGGAGCAUUAGAAUAUUUGAAACCAUCUCAUUCCAAGAUUGGGAAGAUUAUAUUUAUGUAGAUCCUGAAAUUUUCCAAUCCUCAGUUCUGUGGUUGAUAAAUUAUCAAAAUAAAAAUGGAGCCUUUUUUGAAACUGAAUUUUAUACAAACCCUUUACAUAAAGCUAUGGCCUGUAAAAUAGGACAAGGAAAUAAAACUAUAGCACUAACAUCUCAUGUUCUAAUAUCUCUUCAAGUUACUGCAGAUAAAAUACAAGGAGAAACAAAAAAAUAUGUUGCACAUGCAAGAAAAAGAGCCGUUCACUAUUUAGAAAAAAAUUUGCCAAUGAUUGAGGAUCCUUAUGACCUGGCCAUAACUGCCUAUGCUCUAGCACUCUCUCGAAGUGCUGAAGCAGAUGCUGCAUAUGGAAAACUAAUGAAAAUGAAACGGAUUGAGAGUGGAAAGGUUUAUUGGAGUCCAACUAAAAUUGAAACACACAGAGUCAGAUAUGAGUUUAACAGACCAUUUCUAGAGGCUAAAUCAAAACAACCCAAUGAUGCUCUUGCAGUAGAAGCUACUGGUUAUGCUCUGCUUACUUUAUUCUUGGUUGAAGGAGGUGGUGUUACAAUUUUACAGGAUCAGAUAGUUGAAUGGCUCAAUACCAUGAGACUAGGUGUUGGGGGCUUCAUAGCAACCGUAGACACUAUUAUUGCUUUGGAAGCAUUGGUAACAUACAGUUAUAACUCAAGAAUUAAGGACUUAACUGAUCUUAAUAUUAAGAUUGAUAUUCCAGACUCCAAUAUUACCCAUUUUAUCAAAAUAAAUGGUGAUGAAGUAUCUAGGCUUCAAACAUUUGAUAUUCCUAAUGUUUGGGGGCAUAUAAAUAUGUAUGCUACAGGGGCUGGUCAAGCACUUGCCCAAAUGGAUAUAAACUAUGGAAUUGAUUACGAACCGUUCAAGGAUACUCCUCCAGAAGAUUGUUUCAAAUUGUCCAUAUAUGAGAGCUUUAGAGGAAGAAAUAAAUCUGAAAUUGAUGUUCGCAGUUGCUUCAGCUGGACAUGUACUAAUGAAAGUGAGAACUCUGGAAUGGCAAUGUUAGUUGUAGAUAUUCCAACAGGAUAUAUAAUGCUGCAGCCUGAUGCAAACAAAUUAGUGCGAUCUGGUAUAAUUCCAACUCUGAAGGAUGCAGAUGUGGAAAAACCUGGAAAGACUAUUUGGUACUUUGAGUAUAUUACUGCAAGUUCUCAGUGUUUUACCCAUUCUAUUAGACGAUAUUUCCCCGUGGCAAAUCUUACAAGGACAAGACAAGCAGUCAUAAUUGAGCCACUGAGACCAGAAAAAUUUCAUGUUACAACAUUUAAUGCCACAUCUUUGUACAUUUUAAGCAUCUGUGAGGUUUGUGGAUCAUAUCAGUGUCCAUAUUGUCCAUUUUAUUCCUCAUCUAAUCCGUUAAUUCUUCAUCCCAUCAUAUCUUUCAUUACUUGCAUAUUUUCUCUACUUAAAAUAUAGUUGAUUUAAACCUGAA